UGCGUGUACCGACCCGGCCAUUAUCAUCCUGUAUUUGUAAGCUGCCGGUGGUGCCGUGUGUCGCUAACUGCUGUCGCGUCUGCCGUCUCACCCCGUUUCCUCUCCGGUCGUAUUUUUCAACAUUUUCGGUGCAAAAAUGGCAAACAUCGGACGUCUGCUUGCUUCCCGUGUGGCGGGUCAGCUGGUGCGCAAUGUCGCCACCAACCAGCAGCAGCAGCAAGCCAACCUGCUCCGUUUCUAUAGCAGCGCCCCGAAAGCGUACGAGUUCAUCAAGGCGGAGCUGGCGGGCGAGAAGAAGAAUGUCGCCGUGAUCACGCUGAACCGCCCGAAAGCGCUGAACGCACUGUGCAAUGGGCUGGUGGCGGAGAUUAGCGACGCGCUGGACCGGUACGAGGCGGACGAUUCGAUCGGUGCGAUCGUGAUCACGGGCAGCGAGAAGGCGUUCGCGGCCGGCGCCGACAUCAAGGAGAUGCAGCCGAACACGUACGCCAAGUGCAUCAACACCGACUUUCUGGCCAACUGGACGCGGGUGGCCAAGGCACAGAAGCCCGUCAUUGCGGCGGUGAACGGGUACGCACUGGGCGGUGGCUGCGAGCUGGCGAUGAUGUGCGAUAUCAUCUACGCGGGCGAUAAGGCACGGUUUGGGCAGCCGGAAAUUGCGCUCGGAACGAUCCCCGGGGCGGGCGGUUCGCAGCGUACGACCCGCGCGAUGGGCAAAUCGAAGGCGAUGGAGAUGUGCCUGACAGGGAACAUGAUCACGGCCGAGGAAGCGGAACGAUCGGGGCUAGUGAGCAAGGUGUUCCCGGCCGACAAGCUGGUCGAGGAGGCGGUCAAGCUGGGCGAGAAGAUUUCCACCUUCUCGCCGCUGAUCGUGCGGCUGUGCAAGGAGGCAGUCAACGCGUCGUACGAGAUGUCGCUCAACGAGGGGCUGCGCUUCGAGCGGCGCCACUUCCACGCGACCUUCUCGACCAAGGAUCGGCUGGAGGGUAUGACGGCGUUCGUGGAGAAGCGUGCGCCAAAGUUCUCGAACGAAUAGAGACCGAGGAAGAGGAAGUCGAUGCAUACAUUCCUUUCUCCCAGUGCCGGACGAGUUGUGCCGUUUUUCCAUUUUCGGCCAUUUACAAACACACCAGUUGCAUUUACUGUGCCUGAGGCGAGGAAGGUGUUCAUCGCUCAUGCAGGCAUAGCUUAUUUUUAUACACAGGUUUUCGUAAGGUGUAACAUUACGAGAUAACAAUGAACCGAAUAAAAUUCGCCUAGUAACAA